AUGGCAGUGAGCCUCCAGAAGGUGGUGCAGAAGAUGUGGUGGAAGUUGUCUUGGACUCAGGGCAAUCCCUUGAAGGCCUAUGGUUGGCGGUAUGCACAGGUUGUCCUUGACAAUGGCGUCACGUUUCGCGAGAGGUUUCUGGCCGGAUGGAGUGUGCAGCACGUGAACAACGAGCUUGUUCUCACCAAGGGCGCCCGUCGUGUGCCGGAGAACCACAAGGUGCGUGCCGUUACUUUGACCCCAGUGCUUGAGCAAAUGGUCAGCAGUGAGACCGAGUUCUUCGAGGAGCUCAUCCCAGGUGUACAUGGGCUCAAGUGUGAGUCCAGGGCAUAUCUCGAUGUUGGGCUGUACUUGCCCAUGGAAGGAAUGCAGUACCGCACCACACUCGUGUGUGUGGAUCGUGUGCAUGGCAUAUGGGAGUUGUGGGAGAUGUGCCAAAGCAUUGCUGCGCUAGAUGUGCUAGAUGAGGAGUUUCCUGACGGUGUUGAACGCACGGUGCUUACUAUUGCCUCAAGAGAAGUGUUGUCUCCUGCGCAGCUGGGCAUUGUUGUGCAUGAAGGCAGUGCAGAUGCUGUGGCACCCGCUGCCAAGCCAGAUGCCCAGGUCGAUGAUGAUCCAAUGCCCGGCACCCCUGAGCUUGAUGCUUUGUUUGCAAGUGAUGAUGAGAAGGCCUGUGAAUACCUCAACAUAGGUGUGCGCAUGAAGCAGGACAAAGCUCAAGCCGAGGCAUGGUGCGAAUUUUGCACCAUGCACAAGGCGCGCAGCGACAAGGCCGUUGCAGCACCCGAGCCCAAACGCUCGGUGUCUUUGCUGUCCUUCGACUUCGGGUUUACUGGCAGAGAACUUGAUCCCGAGAACAAGCUUAUCACUUUGUGCAUCAAGGACCGGGACACGGGGUGGCGCGAGUCAAUACCCACCAAGCGCAAAGGAGGUCUAGAAAGCACCAGGUUCCUCACAGGUGAGGUUGUUCGCUUGUGCAACGUUCUGGGCUACAAUGACGUGACGAUAAGGAGUGAUCCGGAGCCCAGCUGCCUCAGCCUUCAGCAAGAAAUCCAGAAAGCCCGUGGCCGAUUGGGCCAGCGAACUAGGCUUGAGCAGGCAGGUGAGGAAGAAAAGGCCUCAAAUGGUGCCGCCGAGGAAGCAGUGGCUUCCACACGUCAGCAGGCUUGUGUGCUGCUGAGCGCUUACGAGCAUCACACUGGGAAACAGGUGAGCAGCCAGCACCCACUUCAUGCAUGGGCGAUGCGACAUGGAAGUUGGAUCCUCAAUAGAUACUGUGUUAGCCGUGACCAGCAAACCCCUUUUGAGUGCACGUUCCAGUCACCGUACACCGGAAAGAUUGUGGAGUUUGGGGAAUGUGUGAUGGCCAUGUGCCGCACAGCUAUGGCCAAUAAGCCUGUGAAGGGUUCUGCUAAAUGGGUUAAGUCACUUUGGCUAGGCAAGGCCAAUGCCAACGAUGGACACCUUGUUGUCACGGCAGGCGGCAGACUUCUGAUCACGAGGUCAAUCCGCCGCACACCGCAGAGAUGGGAUGCCUCGCUGCAUGAUGUCAUCAAGGAUUUUCCUUGGGAUCACCCGGGGUUCGUGGCCGGUGGUCUUGGCAAGAUGCGCAAGCAGCGAGAGCCCAAGCCCGUCGAAACCGUUGCAGUGCCAGAGGCUGAUGAGGUUGGUGUGCUGGGCCCCGUGAGCCCUUUGCUGACUGCCGGUGAUGAGGCGGCUAGUGACCCGACGAGUCCUGAAGAGCUGCCCAGCCUGCCGGUUUCGCCAAGCGUUGAGAGUUCGAGCAGCAGUACAGAUGAUGGUGGAAGCGUUGCAGGCACUGACCAAGCAGUUGGUGCGCAGCCUGAUGCCAUGCAAGGUGUUGAGGAUGAGCCGGGGAUUCUGGCCUCAAACCUGGAGCCAGAGAUGCCUAGCGCUGGCGGGGCAGGCGGGGACGGAGAUGAUCCUGACAGUGUGCAAGAGCGUCCAGCAAAGUCCGCCAGGUUGCAAGCAGUGAUUCAGACCGAGCUGUACCACAAUGAUGCCCAAGUUGAGUUUGAUUUCGAGAAUGCCGAGCUUGAUGAACUUGAAGGGUAUGACUAUGGGUUGGAUGAUUACUACUUCAGUGAGGAACCAGACCUAGCCAAAGGUCCUCCCGAUGAGCUGUGGCGCCCUUUUGGGCCGACUGAGCCGAUGUUGUCAGCGGACGAAAUGUUCGCUAUUGACAGCGCUGCCGACGAUUUCGAGAUCCGAAGGUUGUUGUCUAUGAACGUGUUGGAGCCCCUCACCGAGGCCGCCGCUACCCAGGCACAGCAUGAAGGCUCCAGGUUGUUGUCAACCAAGUUUGUGCGUAGCUGGCGGAUAAAGAUGCGCAAGUUCCCCGAUGGUCGUGAGGAGCAGCAAUACCUGAGGAGAUCCAGGUUCGUCGGACGAGAGUACGCGUGGCUCGAUAAAGAGCGUGCCGAGUUGUUCGCACCCGCCUCGAGCAGUCUGCUGACAAGAUUGCUGCCCAGUGUCUUUAUGCGGUGUAAAGCCGAAGGCCACGUAUGCUGUGUUCUUGAUGUGGCAGAUGCAUUCCUCACCGUGGAUCAGCGCAUACCCACUGUAGUGCAUGCAAGGCUAGGUGACCAGCAGGAGCAUGUGCAACAUUUCCGUUUGGUGAAACUUUUGCCGGGGCAACGAGAUGGAACUGUGCGAUGGCAUGAGAAGUACAAGUGCACGGUGAGUUGGUUGUGUGCACAUGGUGAUGAGGCUGACGUCAUUGAGGGGCAGUUUGGGAUCAGAUGGUUGGCCCAACACAUGAGUCGCCCCACGACAGGAGCACUUCGCGUGCUUCGCCACAUGAUCCUCUACCUGAAGGGCACGAGCAGCUAUGGCAUUGGAUUUCCAGUGCCAGUUCGCGGUGUUGGAGUGACGGUGCAAAGCAGAACAUGUGACCAAGUGUUCAUCAGGAAUGCUGCCGAGUUUGUGUUGCGAGAUAAGGUCGAGUCCCACCUUUUACUUGACAGUGCAGCACUGUUGCACAAGGUUGGAGUACGUGAUGCGCAGGAUGACUUCGCACUUGUUGGCAGUGAAGAGUUUCAAAAUCUUCUUGAUGGUAACACUGUUCGCAAACUUGUGCGUCUUGUGAAGCAGCAGGGAAAUGUGGGAAACUCAGUCGGACUGCAAGUUGCUAUGAUUGUCUUGUCGCACGCCUUGAGCCAGCAUGCCGUUGCAGCAGCCGCAGUGUUGGAGUUUAUCAUGAUGUUGGCUGCGUUUGCAGGUGAGUAUGCCCAGCUUUACCCUGUUGCCAGUACCGCGUUUGUGCAAGGGUCCAUGUGGAUGAUCUUGAUUUGCCUGGGGUGGUGCAUGUGCCGGAGACGCAGUGUGGAGUUGGCCAUCAGCCGUGAUGCGUCAGGAGGCGAAGGGUCUCCUGCAUCGCCGCGUGGUGCCAAAAGCAAGCGAAUGACAAAGCCACCCAGGCGCGAGGAGGAUGAAGGCGUAACAAGUGACAAGCCCGAGGAGGCCAGCAGCAGCAAUGGUCCAGCUGGGAGAGUGAGCUUCAACGUGCCGUUGACACCGGGUGCAUCAGUGAAGCUUGAGGUCUCCAGCGGUGAUGGAAGCAAGAACCCCAGCAGCGUGAGCGCUGAGAGCGCGAGUGAGCAUGAGUUUCCACGUGCGCGUCGCGAGCCGAUCAAGCCAAAGGAACUCGGAACUACCCCUAUCGAGCAUUACGUCAGACGUCUGGUGACCUAUUUGGCAAGGAUUCAAUCUGUUAUGCAGAACACUGACUACGGCUUGGCGCUCAAGGUUUACGUGAAGCUCGGAACUACAGACUGGUUGAAGAUGUAUUCCAGGCUUUAUCAUGGUUGUGACUUGCAUCCAUGCGAGAACCUACCUACGCCAGCAAUGCUCACAGUCGCGGCUCUCGUCAACACUGAGGAGGACCUCAUAGAUCCUGAUGCGGAAAGGGAGAUCAUCGUGCCAUCUGACAGAGAAAGACAUGAAGCGGAAGUCGCCCAUCAUCGACAACAAGCUAUUGAAGCAGCGAAAGAGAUGCGAUCGAAGCUUUCCGUUGGUGGGAGUCCCGAUGCCACAACGAUACGGUCACAACCUACCAUCUUGUGUACCGACUUCGAGCUGUACGCCAAGAACGGAGCAACACAUUUUCCACUUCAGAAUGAGAUGAUGAGCAAAGGGUGGGGUCAGUUCGUCAGGUUUUCGCCAACGAUCAGCACCGUGGUCAACUUCUCGGAGACGCAGAAGGAGAACAUGGAGCGGAUCUUGAAGGAUGUCUACAUCAAACACUUCGACAAGAUCCUAAGCUUGGUUCCCAGGCAGAACUUUGCAGGGUAUGAUGCCGUGGGCGCUUACCUGUCUCUUCAACUACGUUUCCUAGGAUGUAUCGUGGUUCAUGGAUUCGCAGUUUACGAGAAACAAAUAUUCUGUGAAAAGAUGAUUGCAGCUUGCUUUCUGAACACGCAGCAGUUGGGGACCUGGGAGGAGAUGCUUCACCGGAAAGCCACUGACAUCAAGCGGUUCACAGAAAUAUGCACUGACAAUACACAGGUGCAUGUCUCCUCUUCGGUGAAUCUGAAGUCUUGGAUUCCACUUCAUAAACGUCGUGCCAUCGAAGAGGAGAACAGGCGUGUUGACAUGGUCAGACGUCCUGAUGUGGAGUGGCAAAACUUCGACAUUGCCCUGAGCAUUCCGGAGCCAUCGUACUCUGAUGAGCAGAGGUGGUUAUUCAGGAUCGAUGACUACAGCACGUCAGACAUCAACGCAUGGGCAACGACGGAGACAUUCUUUUGCGAAAGGUGUGAACAAGAAAAGAGUGCCAGUGUCUUUUGCCGGGACUCUACUUCGUUUGCAUCAGGACCACAGUUUCCAGAUCAGUGCAUGGGUUGCGCAUACAAGAACGCCCUCUACAAUUCGUUCUACAGGAUCAAAGAUUACAGGGAAAUGCGUGACAGCGAAACGUAUGCCCUGGCACGUGCAAGGUACCUCUACGUUCAGAAAUUUCAGGAGGCGAAGCCGGGUGAUGAUUUGCUUGAGUACAUCAAGAAAUGUUGCCCUCUCGUCUACAUGUCCGUGGGAAAGGUGGUGUCUUCAUACGGUGGCCUUCGAUGCCCCAUUGCAACAAGCGUGGCAUACGCGUCAUGGGGAAAGGCAAGACAGUUAGCAUGGGACAGAGCGUACGAUGCACAGAACAACCUUCGCUUCAUCGCGUACUACGAUGCAGGGAACGCCGCGUACGCAGGCUUCAUGAAGACAUUGUUGACUCCACAAGAACGAGAACGCUUGUUCAGAGGAAGCGAGAACCCUGCGGAGGAACUCCUGGGCGACGUGUUCGAAUUGGCCUUGGGAUUAUUGUUCAAGGCUUGGGGAAGUCCACAGGACAUCGACGCGUGCAUCUAUGGCACCGCGAG